CUGAGGCCAGCACAGAGCCAGAGAGGAGGGACUGUGUGCAGCUCUGAGAGCCAGCUGUCGUUCGCUCAGAGCUGGGUCUUUUCUCUCCCUGACUGCCCCGUUCUCCACUGGCCCUCAUCACUCCAUGGGACUCCAGACCUGGCCGCCAAGCAAACCACCACUGUCCUCCAUGGCCUGCCUUGAUGUGGAGACCCCCUCCAUCUGCAGGGGUAAAUUCAAAUCAGUCCUCCAGCUCUGUCUGCAGCAGAGGAGAACUCGUGAGCAGCUUGUGGAGCAAGGCAUCAUGCCACCUCUGAAAACACCUGCUGCCUUUCAUGAGCAGAUUCGCAGCCUGGAAAGAGCCAAGACUGGGAACUUCUUAAAGCACAAACUCUGCAGCAGACCUGAGCGAUCUGAACUGGUCCGUAUGCACAUCCUACAAGAGACGCAGGCCGAACCCUCCCUGCAGGCCACACAGAUGAGGCUGAAGAGGGCCAGACUGGCUGACGAUCUCAACGAGAAGAUAGCCCAGCGACCUGGACCCAUGGAGCUGGUGGAGAAAAACAUCCUGCCUGUGGACUCUGCUGUCGAAGAGGUCAUCAAUGGUGAUAAAGCAAAAUCCUCUAAGACACCAGAUGUUUACAACUUCGAUGAGGACAGCAGUGAUGCCUUAUCACCAGAGCAUCCGUCCAGCCAGGAAACUCCAAGCCCCUCUUUGGCUUCUCUAAGGGAGUCUGGAAAAACUGAGGCCACCUCAUCCUCCUCUCAAUUAAACUCUCCCACACAGCACUCCCCACCACCUCACUCACAGACCACAUCAGAUUUAGUCAACCUCGUCUCUACCAGUGAGCAACAAAGCAACCCACAAGCAUCUACACCUCAGCCAGUCACCACUGUUGUUCCCAGUAUGACACCAGGGCCAGUUCUCGUGAAGCAAAGCCUGCCCAAGCUACCUGGCGAUAAAAGCCGCAGCAAAAAGAGCAAAGAGCCCAAACCUUGGGUGAAAAAGCUGAAGUACCACCAGUACAUUCCCCCAGACCAGAAGCAGGAGCUCAGUGAAGUGCCAAUGGACUCUGCUUAUGCCCGCCUCCUGCAGCAGCAGCAGCAGUUCCUACAGCUCCAGAUCUUAAGCCAGCAACAGCAGCAAUACAACUACCAGGCUGUCCUGCCGGCCACAGUCAACAGAUCAGCCACUGAGGUACAAACCAGCUGUUCCAGUGUUCUGAGUGGAAACACUGCGUCUGCCCCUGUACAGCCCCGCCACACUCAGAAGAACCGCAGGCCGGAUCAUUUACCAGCUAAUCUGGAUGAGAUGAAGGUUGCUGAGCUUAAAAUGGAACUAAAACGCAGAUCUCUGCCUGUUUCUGGGACUAAGACAGACCUAAUAGAGAGGCUAAAGUUGUAUCAGGAGACUUCUGCCAUCCAGACUCCUGCUGCUGCGGAAACAGCAGCCUCACAGUCUGAAAACAUAAAGUUAACCCCACCUGUGUCCCCUAUAGCGUCAAAAGUGUCCAGUCUGGGCAUAGAGGACAGUAGUGUGGCAGACAGUCCAGCAAAUCUUUCGGGUGCUCUGUCUCCGACUUACACUGUUCCCCUCAUGAGCUCCCCUCAGAGAGCUCCACUGGAGGAGUUUCCUACAGAGACAAGGUCCUGUGAGAAGGACUCUGCCAGGGACAAAGUUUUGCAUGAGAAGGACUCAGAAAAGGACAAACGUCUGCAUGAGAAGGAGCGUCAGAUUAAGGAGCUGAUGAGGAAGCUGGAGCAGGAGCAAAGGCUGGUGGAGGAACUGAAGAUGCAACUGGAGGUGGAGAAGAGGAGUCAGCAGGGGGAUUCUCCACCUCAGCUCAGCCCUCUUGCUCCCACCCAGGUCAAAGAGGAAAACAGGUCCCCCUUAAACUGCUCUGCGUCCUGUAGCUCUCCUGGGCUGCCAGUGUUGGUCAAACAGGAGGAGGCUGCAGAUCAAAGCCAAUUAGCUCCUCCAAACCAAUUCAUCAUCAGCCAUCAGACCAUCAAGCAGGCUGAAACCCUGCAGUCUGUCCAGGCCGGAGCACAGAUCCUCCUGCCUGCGUCCCUUCCUGCUUCAGCAGUCACUAUCCAGCUCCCAGCCAACUGCAUCAAAUUACAUACUACUGUGAGCAGUGCAGCCCCAGGCCUCAUCCAGACCUCUGGACAGGUGCCACAGAAAAUAGAGGCCUCAGCAGCAUUACAACAGCAAUGCAGCACUCACUCUCAGCCACUGACAAAGACAUGGAGGAUGGAUUCCACAGCACAAAGCUUGCUCAACACAUUCCCAGCGGGUGGAUGUCCUGCAGGAGCUGCCGCUAACCAGCCUAUCCCUAGGAAUAAGUCCCCCAGUCCCAGCCAAUCAGCGUUGAUCUUACAGCAGCCAACGUUCCCAAACCAUGCGUCAAAGUGUAAAGAUCCACCCCGCUAUGAGGAUGCAGUUAAACAGACACGCAGCAUGCUAAGUGCUGUCCAGAGUCCCUCUGCAGCUAGCCAGCAGAUGGAUGACCUUUUUGAUGUGUUGAUUGAGAGCGGUGAGAUCUCCCCCUUCAUCAGACAGGAUCCCCCCAGCCAGAACAAGCCUCUCGCUGUGACAGCCAGCGUAACCACCCUUCCCAUCAACACAGUUUUAUCCCGCCCUCCUCCCAUGAUACAAGUGGCCCAGCUGCCUUCUACGCCCCUUAAACCCUCAACCAGCUUGGCGGUGCUGACCUCUGACACCCAGCUGGACUCCCUCCUGGACUGCACGCUAGGUGCUGACGCUGAGCCACAAACACUGAAACUGAUGGAGGAGUUACACUCACCUAUUGUCACCAUGGAAGUGGACUUUAAUGACAGCACACCACCCUCUGCUUUGACCUUGCACAACACUCACAUGGACAAUAUGGAUUGGCUGGACCUUACCUUGUCUGUGCCAGCAGAGGGGAUCAACCCUUUGGACAUGUCAACACCAGUGGGUGUCUUCUCUUCUGACUUCCUGGACUCUCAUGAACUGUGUUGAUGGAAAUGAGGUAAUCUGAGGUAAUCAGUGCGUAACUGUGUGUUAUCAAUAUAAGGCAUAUUAAUCAACAUAUUACUUGUAUCUAAUCAUUAUACUGCAUAUUAUUUGUAACCAAACAGUAGAUUUGCUCAUGUAAUUGUGCAUAGAAGGGUAGAGAAAAGGAAGUCAUUUGGACUAGGAGAUGCUGGAAAAUGCAGAUGCAAUGGAAGUUGCCAUUUUUUGCGAAAACGCAAGUAGAGAGAGACACUUUUAAUGGUAACUGAACUGCAGGAGAAGCUUUGCAGAGGUGUGAGAGAAGACCUUUAUGCAACUGAAGCAACACACUAGCCAUUUUUAAGUAUCACCUUGAUCAGAGCUUCCCACAUGCAUGUAUUGACCAGUCAGUCCCAGCCCAUCCCACUAGGAGGAGUGCAGUAUUGGAGGAGGUUAUGGAGUUUCAAAAGCGCAGGCCAGCAACUCUUGUUGCUCUGUGUUCUGAAUCCAGACCUUUCGUAUGUCAGAUUUGUGCUUCGUUCUCUCUGUUAUCCGAAGAAUAAAUGAUUGUCUUUAUGGAGUCACAUCCAUCUGUGUUUAUGAGCUCGGCUCCCUCAAAUCUAUUAGUGGAUGUUUUUCAAACAUUACUGAAAAUGGAAGAAAUCCACAGAAACUGCUCUUCAGCUACGACUGAGUGGUUUCAGGUGAAUUCUUACACCUUUCAGGCCAUUUCAAAAAAAGAUUGAGGAAUGAUUCUGUUUCCAUGUGAGAAUAAGAGCUGUUGGAGGUUUGGGCAGCUCUAUUAUGUGUUUUGGACAGAUAAAUCAGUUCAAUAAUAAUCUGAUCAUGCAGUGUUGAUUUAAUAGUCGCUACAUUGAUUCCUUUGCAGUCUUUCAACCCUCUGAGUAUUUUGGGAGACUGAAAUAACAUAAGACUGGUACUGGCAGUUUGAACUGACAGGCGAAGUAGCUUUUAAGCCUUCGAUCUUCAGUUAUAUCACUGGUUUGUUAUCACUUUCCUCUCAUGUUUGGCCUGUUUGUCCUCCGAUCUUCAUGAAUGUACAUUAUUGUGUUGGCUGUGGUAAUAGUAAAAACACACUGCUAAAUAUCAAGCAUUUCUGAGAGAAGUUCUUGUAGUCUGCAGAUCACUCAAAUCUUGUUUUACCACCCUGAGUGUUGAGGAUGACUCUGCAAUGUAUCUCCAGUGAGCAUCUGUACACUUUCUAUAAUAUUGCAAGACCAGUAGUCCUAUACGUUUCUUCACUUAUAGUUAUGGGCAACAGACACAAGAGUGAUCUGCUGUGCUCUGUCAAGACUGUAUCCAAAUAAAUGAUGAUAGAUUGACAUUGGAACAUCAUCCACUGCUUUAAAGUCUGGCAAACCGACUCUUACAGGGCGAAAAUUAUUGAAUUGAGGUCAACUUGAUUUUUGGUAAGGUAUUUUAUUCAAUAUAAACAGUUAACACGGCAGGCCAUACUAGACCAUCAUCCCUGUGCAUAGCAUUACAGAGUAACAGCAAACAGACAGAAACAACCUACUGAAAAAUAACAGUAUUCAUAAGUAUGAUCCAGUGUGCAUUUUUGUUUUACACAAAUGUUUACACUGAAAAAAACCUUAAUGCUUUACAGCUGAUUUGUGUCGUAGUGACAUCUGCUGGCCACAUCUGGUUUUCUUUUUUUAGCAAAUUGCUAAAGAUGUCUUCUGGUAUGAAGGAAAUAAAAUCCAGUGUCAAAGAAACCAGCAGGAUACACUACAGCAGGAGAUGUGUCUUGGCAAUUGGGCAGCUGUGUUUGAGCCUAACAGACAGACUGUGUUUAGUUGUUGAAUUAUUAGGGACUCAGUGUCUGCCUCUGCAGGUUAUCUGGAGCGUAGCUGACAAACACACCUGAAUGUUGAAAGGAGCUGUUGUGAAAAGGACUAAUGUGAUUGGUGUGAUUUUCUUUUCUUCUUUUUUUAUAAAUCAGUGAAUUAAUGACUCAUUUGACUAUUCAAAUGUCAGCAUUUAUGGACCAUGAGCUGGAAUAUUUUGUCUGUGCUAGUAUAACUCAACAGCAAGAAGUAUUGUAAAUGCAUAGUUUGUUGUUUUACACACUGUGUAUUUAUCUUUUAUACAAAUGUAGCAGCUGUUUUGUAAAUACAGAGAUUAUUUGGGAUUUCGCACUCAGCCUAUGAGCAUCUGCAGUAUGCCAUUUAUGCUUUAGUGCUUGUCAUUAAAAAACUAUACAAGAA